AUGUCUGCUCUUACAUCCGAAACGCUGAGUCAAUUGGACCAGCUUAAUAACCAAGGAGGAUUGCCAUCCCCUCCAUCUUCAACAAAUAACUGGGAGACAGAGUCAGACUGCUCCUACUAUUCACUCUCCGACCUUACCUUUGACAAGUGGUACCGACAAAUCCCGGCCAGCCAGGUCAGGAAACAGGCAAAGCAAAUUCCAGCUAGCCCUGUGCCAGGCCAGUCCAUAUACCCGCGACGAUUUUAUAACAAAGAGGAGCUUGCUCUUCAGUCGUCGGGUCCCUGGAAAGAGUUCCCCUUCUGUCUGAACAAGGGCUACGUGUCUGGGUCACCUGGCCCAGUACGUAUGAUCACCAACUCUGCUGCGCCCUGGGAGUUUGAUGUGGUGUACCAUCCGGCAAGGACAGAGAACUCGGCUUGUAUGGCUAAGUACCGGCCAAAGGGGUAUAAAAAGGGUGCUGUACCAAAGCCCCUCCCCUCGAGCGAGUCGAGCAGUCAGUCGAACUCAAUUCCGAAUGCUGGCGUCUCUACACUGCAGUACAACCCGUAUAUCGCUGCUCAUAUUGCGGGGCAUCAGCAGGGAAUCACGGCUGUCUACUAUGCGCAGAGUCUUCCGGCUGCCUACUAUGCGCAUAGUCUGCCGGGGGCUUAUGCUGUACCUGUACCAGUACCAGUGGUUCCUUGUGCCUAUGCUCCUAACUAUGGCCAGUAUUUAUACUGA